UUCUCUCCUUCCAACUCCUUCCAUGCCAAGGCUGGGCUUCAUUUGCCAUCCCGCGGCCGGGAGGAUGGGAGGAAGGAGGCGGAGGAGGAGAAGGACCGCGCGGGCGUCGCCCCCUCUCCCUGCUCGCCUUCCCCUCUGAUGAGCCUGCCCUCUUCUUCCCUGCCUGCCUGCCUGCCCCGCUCCCCCUCCUCCUCCUCCUCCUCGGCCGGCCACCAUGAAACUCUACUGCAAAGCGGUGGCCCUGGCGCUGGGCUUGGCGGGGCUGCUCCUGCUCUACCUCUUCGUGGGCAACGCGGCCGGCGACGGGGACGAGCCGCCUUUGGGAACGGGCGAGAAGGAAGCCCGGGUCCCUUCUUCGGGGCCCAAAAAGGGGGCCAGGCUGCCCCCCGCCGCCCCCUUCCUGCAUUCGACCGAAAGGGCGGCUGCUCAAGUUUCCAAGCUGGAGCCACGUCUCCGCCUCCGGAAAGCGGCCGCCGGCAGGGGAAAGAAGUUGGCGCCCCCGAGGAGACCAAAGGACCAGAAGCCUCCUACGCCCCUGAUCUCAUCUCCACAGUGGAUGCAUUUGGCGGUUGUAGCAUGUGGCGACCGGCUGGAAGAAACUCUCAUCAUGCUGAAGUCAGCAAUUCUGUUCAGCAACAGGAAGAUCAAAUUUCACAUCUUUGCAGAGAACUCCCUGAAGCCUGAAUUUGAAAGGAAAUUGCAAGAAUGGCCUCCCUCAUUCACAAAGAAGUUUGAAUAUCAUGUCUACCCAAUCUCCUUUUCUGUUGGAAAUGCUCAGGAAUGGAAAAAAUUAUUCAAGCCAUGUGCUGCCCAGCGUCUCUUUCUUCCGAUGAUUUUAAAAGAUGUGGACUCCCUUCUGUAUGUGGACACAGAUGUCCUCUUCUUACGACCCAUUGAUGACAUCUGGAGGUUUCUGACAGCAUUCAAUUCUACACAGCUGGCUGCAAUGGCACCAGAACAUGAAAUACCAAAGAUUGGCUGGUACAGUCGCUUUGCUCGCCACCCAUAUUAUGGAAUAACUGGAGUAAAUUCCGGUGUCAUGCUGAUGAAUUUAACCCGUAUAAGAAAUGCCCAGUUUAAGAACAGUAUGAUACCAACAGGCCUGACAUGGGAGGAAAUGUUAUACCCUUUAUACCAAAAGUACAAAAACUACAUUACUUGGGGAGACCAGGACUUGCUCAAUAUUAUUUUUUCCUUUAACCCAGAAUGUCUCUACCUGUUUCCUUGCCAAUGGAACUAUCGGCCAGACCACUGUAUGUAUGGCAGUAACUGUAAAGGAGCAGAGGAGGAAGGCAUUUCCAUUCUCCAUGGGAACAGGGGUGUCUACCAUGAUGAUAAACAGCCUACUUUCAAAGCACUCUUUGAAGUCAUACGUGAUUUUUCCUUUGAAGACAAUCUUUUCCAAUCAAUGUACUACCCACUCCAGACUAAAUUCCUUGAUACUGUGCACACUUUAUGUGGGCGAAUUCCACAGGUGUUUUUGAAACAAAUUGAGAGGACUAUGAAGAAAGUGUAUGAAAGUCGAGUGAUUGUCAACAUUGGGGCCAACUUCAGGUUGUAAUUGUGGAUUUUGAUGUGAUUUUCAUAGUUUUAUGCAACCUGCUUGAAGCAUCUGAAUUAACUGGAUUAUGAUUUUUAAAGAUACAAUCUUAUACAUCUACUUCUGAGUAGACAGGUAUAGGGUUGCAUUGAGGCAGACAGUUGUCACUUAAAACUGUCAAGGUGUUCUUAAGGUUUAGUUUUAAUGAGGCUGGCGAUAAUGAACAUUGACAUAUCUGGAAAAAGUCUCAGAAUUUCAACAGAAAACUUGGAAAAUAUGGAUAAAGAUAAUAUGACUUUUUCAAAAGAUUGACAAUUCCAAAGCCCUGAUUAUGGGCAACUCCAAUGGAAGUCAAUGACCUUUCAGCAUGAAAAAAAUAUGAUCACCAUUUAAUACAGUGGUGGGACCAAUUCUCUCCAUAAACGUUCCUACAGAUCUGUGGUUCCCAAGCUGUGGUCUGUGAAGCACCAGUGGUCCGCAAGAACAAAAAAAAUGGUCCGCGGCCUCACUGUUACUACACCUUUGCAACGAGAGCAGCUGGUCUUGUGAAACCCUCUUAUAGUGCCGAGGCUUAUUAAAUAAGGUUUUCUUUGGGCAAGCAGAAGGCGACUACUGGAUGGGAUAUGUUCUGUAUCAGAAACUAGAGCUGAUGUGGUCUAUCCAAUGCAAUUUUCUGAAUCAGCACCCCAAAUAACCAAACCGAAUCUAAAGUUGACCAAAAACUGAUUCGUAACCCUUUUGGUAAUAAUGUUGGAGAAUGGUCCCUGGUUAAAGUGAUCCCUGGUCAAAGUGGUCCCUGGACAAAGAAAGGUUGGGAAGCACUGCUGCAGACCAUUCACUCCCCACAGGAAGCCUUCCAACAGGAAGUAUGGAGCCCUUGUGCAUUUUCUUAUGUUUUCAUGCAUUGAGAGACCCUUUCUGCAUGGUUUGAGAGCAAAAAUUGCCUAAAAGUAUUGUUGAGUUCUAAAAAAAGCAAAUUGGAGGCUGGGGCAGGGGAUUUGUGGGAAUGGUGUGGUUUUCCGGAUACAAAAGUUGGUCCAUACCACUCAAUUUGCUCAUUCCUGAUUUAGUGUAUUAACAGGGCUAUUCUAUACAUAUUUACUCAUACAUGAGCCUCAUUUACAGUGAGAAUGAGAUGUGUAUAGGGCUGUUGCUUGCCUUAUUAAGUCUCAACUGCCCAGGAAAAUGAACAGCCUGAAGUAGGAUGAUAUAAAUAUUGGCUGAACACUGAAUUUUUCUGUUCAGUUAUGUAAGCCUUUAAAGUCAUUACCUAGUAUGUAAAAGUAAUUACACACACUAUACUUACAGGGACCACUUAAAAUUUUAUGGCAGAGGACAGGAAUGAAUGCAUUCUAACUGACUACACUCUUUUUUUCUUAGACAUUAUAGCAUUUUGGAUUUGGUCACUUCUCACAUGAGAGUUUGUCCUCCACUGGAACUACCAAAUUAAAUCAAACAAUUGGCCACGUGGUUCACAACCAUAUGGAUAACCCACAGGGGGAAAAACGCUUUGCAGUAACAGUCAUGCCAGAAUAGUAAUUGAUUAUUAAUUAAAGUAUGAGUGCGACACAUAUAAAAUGAAGGAAACAUUAUUGUUACAGCAUGCUUGCCUUAUAAUGCCAAUUUAGACAAGAGGAUUUUGACCCUUUUGGUGGCAAAAAAGGUGAUAGUGACUACAGCAUGAAUGCAUUAGAAGCAAAAUCUACCAAAAAUGGUACCAAAA